GUGCGCGCGCCCGCUCCUCGCCCCUGCCGAUGGAUGCUCUCGCCGGCGGCCCCUUCGGAUGGUUCUGCGCGGGCGUCACCGUGCUUUUUGGGGUGACCGUCCUCUGCGUGGCCAAGAGGAGCCCGGCGGAGAAAGCGAACGUGCUGGUCUGGAGGCUCCUGCCCGCCUCGCUGGGGCUGCUGUGCGUGGCCGCGCUGGGGGCCGGCGGGGGGCUGGCGGUGUUUUGCGGCACGUGCCUCGUCUCCUCCGCGUACCUGGGCAGCAGGGCGCUGCUGCCCGUGGGCGACAAAGCCGUGCUCGUCACAGGAAGCGACACUGGGAUUGGACAUGCACUGGCUAAAUACCUGGACAACUUAGGUUUUGUUGUGUUUGCUGGAGUUUUGAAUAAGGAUGGACCUGGAGCUGAGGAACUGAGACGAACCUGUUCUCGGAGACUCUCUCUCCUGCAGCUGGAUAUAACCAAUGCCACCCAAGUCAAGGAAGCCUAUCUAAAGGUCUCAGAGAAGGUGCAAAAUACAGGGCUCUGGGGCGUUGUGAACAACGCAGGCGUCCUGGGCUUCCCUGCCGACGGCGAGCUGCUGCCCAUGAGCACGUACCGGCGGUGCAUGGAGGUGAAUUUCUUCGGGGCUGUAGAGGUGUCCAAGACCUUCUUACCGUUACUUCGGAAAUCCCAGGGGAGGCUGGUUAACAUGUCCAGCAUGGCAGGAGGCAUUCCACUACCGAGGUAUGCUGCAUACGGUGCAUCAAAAGCAGCUCUGUCCAUGUUUUCUGGAGUAAUGAGGCAAGAGCUUUCCAAAUGGGGAAUUAAAGUUGCUGCAAUUCAUCCGUCAGGCUUCCGAACAGGUAUACAAGGCACAUCCGACCUGUGGGAUAAACAAGAAAAGGAGCUGAUGGAGAACCUCCCAGCAGACACAAGGCAAGACUACGGUGAGGACUACCUCCUGGGGCUGAAGGACUACCUCCUGCACAUGCCCGCGUACUGCGACGCCGACCUCUCGCCCGUGCUGAGCGCUAUCCUGCACGCUUUGCUGGCCAAGAGACCACAGGGCUUGUACACCCCUGGCAGAGGGGCUUACGUGCCCCUCUGCAUCUUCUGCUACUUUCCUCUCUGGUUCUAUGACUUUUUCAUUGGUAAGAUGCUGAGUACUGAGUCUGUCCCAAGGGUGCUGAGAACAUCAGAAGCUGAAAGCAAGAAUCUCUAAGGUAUCCAGCAGCGUUUUUCUUACUUGAUAACUGGGAAAAACUCUAUUUUAAGACACUGCUAUUUAUUGUACUGUCUUUAUUAAAUUGCAUUUACGCCGCCUUGCAAACAGAGGUAAAUCUUUCUGUUAAGAGUAAUGUUCAGGAAAAGCAGUGGAUAAACAGAAAUAGAAAGCUAUCCCCAGAUGGGGCAUUUUUGGAGGAAUUUCAAUGUUUUCCUGAUGUCUUUGUAUCCUGCCUUCUGUGUAAUGUAUUUCAUGAAGUUAUAUAGUUCCUGUCUGCUUCAAAAGGCACCACCAACACACAGACAGAUGUAUAACCUGUUUUUUAGAAAGAAACAAACCAAAAAAAUCCUUGAGAGCCAACAACCUUCUUAAACAUUAUAAGGAGUUGCAUAUAUUCCUAUCAUUGGAGAGAUUUAGAAAUGUCUAAUGCAAGUCUUUCUCACUGCAGCUUCAGCCUAAUAUGUUUGGGGUUUUUUUUGGUUCUGUUGCUGUUGGACCUGAGAAAUGAUUGACCUUUUUUCCCCUGAGUUUUGUGAAGUAUAGUUGUGAUGUCUAUAAUGUGUCCUCUUUGCUAGACUAAGCAACAUAAAUUAGUUGGGGGAACAAAGACAGAUCAAGACCUUCAUGAAGAAGAAAACAGUCUCCUUCCUACAAUAUUAGAAAAAGUAAUAGUAAGUAUAUCAGCUGCUAAUGUGAUACGGCUGUCUUGGUCAUUCUGUGUAUUGCCUGUAUAUGCCUGUGCUGCUUUAAUUAUUAGUAAACUCUGAUCUCACUUCUGCUUUUUGUACAAUUCCUUACUCGGUUCUGGGUUUAUGAAGUACUCGCAUUUUUGCCUAUUUCUCCUGACACCUUCCUGUGCCUCCUUCUGCUUUGGGGACAGUUUGUGCUCACUCCUCUAAGAUCAGUCAGUCUUCAAGCUGGCUUUACUGGAGUCCAGUGUCCACCUUCUGAUAGAUUUUGGUCGCUCCCCUUCCCUAAAUUCAUUCUAGGAACACGAGAUGCCCUCCCUGCUGCUGGUUGUCCCUGUGCCCUAUACCAUCAAACUCCCACCAAUGCCAAGAGGUUGGGCAGCUCACCUAUAUUUUUCCCUGAAAGGCUGUGAUAUUUUGAAAGAAAGCCUCAUUCUCCUGUGUUCCCUGGUUUGGCCAUCUGUCCUGGGCCUUGCUUUGACAAGAGGCAUUUCUUUUCCCAUGAUGAAAAAUUAAAAGUCAUUACAUUCUGGGCUUUAAAUGUAGAUGUACUUUUUUCCUUUCCUUUCUGAGCAACUGCUAGUCUUCUGUCAUAAUCCUACUCGUGCGAUGUACUCUUGCAGUCAACUGAACAAAAUCACAAUUUAAUUUGCAUCUGUAGUAUUUCUUCCAUCUCCUGCAACUUUUUACAUCAAUGCAAGACCCCUGUAAAUGCACAAAGGAUGCUCAGCAGACUUGGCCCACCAUUUUAGUUUGUGCAGCAGUGUGGAAAUCCUCCUGUCCUGUACAUUUUGUCAUGAUUACUGCUUUUGCUGCCGAGGCUUAUCUCCUUGUGGGUUUAUAUCAGUCCCCUGAUUACAGACUUUUGCUUUCCUUUGAGAAAGUCUGGCCAAAACUGUUUUUCACUCAGAAAAUCUGGGAUUAUUUC